UCGCUCGUUUCUCAUCAAACAACCACUUGCUUGGAUUGCUUAUCGGUACAUUAAAUAGACAUCGGGUGAAUUUUAAGAAUAUUUCUACAGUAUUUUAAGAAACAUUAUUUUAGUAAGUAGAUCUAGUGUAGUGUGGAUUCACAAUGUCUCAUUUUAAAUUGGUGUCGUCGACAAAAGCUUCCGAUGUUGUUCCUGUGAACAAAUAUGUGUCUGAGAAGACCGGCAUUACCGUGAUUAUAGCAGGAGUUGAAGGGCCUUUGGUUAACGGAUUUUUUUGUCUGGCCACCGAAGCUCAUGAUGAUGACGGUCUUCCACAUACUUUGGAGCAUCUCAUCUUCCUUGGAUCUGAGCGCUACCCUUACAAGGGAAUCUUGGAUCUGCUUGCCAACAGAUGUAUGGCACAUGGCACAAACGCAUGGACAGACACUGAUCAUACAUGCUAUACGGUUUACACUGCUGGUGAUGCUGGCAUGCUGACCCUACUGCCAAUUUACCUAGAUCAUAUACUUCGGCCUACUCUUACGGACCAUGGUUUUAUUACCGAAGUCCACCAUAUUGAUGGGGAUGGAGAAGAUGCUGGUGUUGUGUACUGUGAAAUGCAAGGAAGAGAAAACACAGCAUAUUGCAGAUGUGAACUGCAGUUAUUACGAGCCAUGUACCCAAACAAUGGCUACUCCGCUGAGACUGGUGGAAUUAUGAAAAACCUUAGGACAUCAACUGAUAAUACUAAAGUGAGAAACUUCCACAAGAAAUUCUACCGUGCAGAGAAUCUUACAAUUAUUUUGACUGGUCAGAUUGAAGCAGAAGAUGUAUUCGCAGCUUUAUCUACUGUAGAAGAUGACAUCAUUGCUAAGAAAGCCGGUGAACCUCAAGAAGAAUGGGUGAAGCCUUGGCAGACAAUCCCUCCUACACCCAACUAUGGUGAGCUGAAGGUCCAGUGGCCAGCAGACACUGAAGAUUGUGGUCAGGUGAUAUUCGGCUGGCGAGGUCCUAUUCUAACAGAAGAAGAUGCCUUGAAGAAUCUUACAGCAGUUGCUAUUCUUCUGCGCUACCUCUGUGACACUGCAGCUGCGCCGCUACAGCGCUGUCUCGUCGAGAGGGAAGAUGCCUUAGCUGGAGAUAUCUCCUACAACCUAACAGAAAACCUGGCUUCUUUGAUAAAGAUUGAGCUGGAUAACGUUCCUGUCGACAAGUUAGAGCAGGCUCGGGAUGAAGCACUGAAAUGUUUAAGCUCAGUGCGCAAUGGUGAAGAUGUGAUAGACAUGGAUCGAAUGUGCAGAUUACUGCGCAAACAGUUGCGCGAGUCCAUCGCCAGUCUCGAGUCAGAUCCUCACCAUGCAGUGGCAUUCCGGUGUAUUGGAGACGCUUUGUACUCUCAAGGAGAACAUCAUUUCAUCUCCCGCAUGAAUCCACAAGCCGUUCUGACAGCCCUUCUAGAAGAGACCCCCGAGUACUGGCUGGGUCUCAUACGCAAGUACUUCACUGAGGAUAUAGUCAUUAUCGUGGGCUCACCUAGCAUCGAACUGCAGUCCAAAAUGGCAGAAGAAGAGAAAAUAAGGAUAGAAGAACAAAGAAAUCAACUUGGCGAGGCAGGUCUGGCGGAGAAGGCGGCACGGCUACAGGAAGCUAUGGACUACAACGAGCGCCCUCCUCCCCCGGGUACUCUAGCCUCAGUACCUGUGCCUCCCUGCAACUUCAAAUGUCAUAAAAUCAGCUCUUGGAGUACGGACGGCGAGAACUGCCCACACUUCGACCUCAAGGAGAUGCCCUUAUACACUAGAGUACACAGCUUGAAGACUAAUUUCGUUUAUAUAAACUUAUUAUUCGACACGACCUCAGUGGACGAGUCGGUCCGCAAGUGGCUCCCGCUACAUUUGAACGGUUUGGCGGAAUGCGCAGUACGUCGCGGGGAGACGCUGAUCCCCCAUGAAGAGGUCAUCUCCACUAUGGAAAAGCUGACUGUGAUGUUCAAUAACACUAUUGGCUUCGAUCGAUCAGGAAACUUCUGUGUUGGCAACUUCGGCAACUUUGUCCACAUCGAGACUCGGUGUGAACCACAGGAUUAUGAAGAACUGGUGAAUCAUCUGUAUGAGAUCCUGUAUGCCGCGGAGAUCACAAAAGAAAGACUGCUGGUUUUCGCACAAAGACUAAUCAACGAUGUCGCACAGGUACGAAGAUCCGGUGACAAGAUGAUGUACGAUGCCCUCCGCGAUUCAGUGUACAUCAGAAACAGCAACUUCCACUGGUGCACAGUAUUAAGGCAGCAAAAGUUCCUCAAAGAAUUGAUAGAACAGCUGACGGCCGGUGGUGACUCCGCUGAGUCCGCUCUCCUAGAAGCCAGGCAAUCCUUCAAGAGUAUCACUGAAAAAGUGUGGCUCCAUCUCGCGACUGACUUCGAAAGAUAUAACCUGAGAACUGAACCUUGGAAGAGGUUUGCAAGGGAGAAUGAAAUUACGCCUUUAGUUCCCCAGCUGUACUGGGACGCGGAGCUACUGUCGCCAUCUACCGGCGGGUUCGUGAUGGGCGUGGGAGGCUGGGAGUCGUGCUGCGUGGCCCAGAUGAGCCCGGGCCCGCUCGGACACUCGCCGCGGGACGUCGCCGCGCUCAUGGUCGCGAUCAACUACUUCACACAGCUUGAGGGUCCUAUGUGGCGUCUAAUCCGUGGUUGUGGCCUAUCUUAUGGCUACUUUAUUCGUAUGGCCGCUAACGAGGGCAAGCUGAUAUUCUCCCUGUACAGAGCUAGUAACGCCGUCGCCGCAUACAACAAAGCUAAGAGCAUUUUGCAAGAUUAUUUGAACGACCCGAAGUUUGAUGACGAUCUAUUCGCGUCUGCAAAGAGUACGGUGUUGUUCGAAGUUGUGGAGGAGGAGAAGUGUCCCGCGGACGUUGUAAAACAUUCGCUCAUGCACUACCUUAAUAGGGAACCUCCUACAUACAACAGUGAUCUAAUAAAGGCGAUAGCAGCAGUGACACCGGAGGCAGCUCACGCGGCGGCCGCGAAAUGGCUGCCGACACUAUUUGAUACGGAAAAAGGCAAGCUGGCCAUCGUCUGCCAUCCAACUAAAGUCAACGACAUGAACACUGCCUUCGAAAAAAUGAAUGUGAAACUGGAUGUCUACGAGUCCAUGGAGGCAUCGCAUUUUAACAACUAAGUACAACGCUAGGUGCUUUUAAGUGUACGUGUGUAAUGCAAACUGGUGGACUAUAAAAUUUAGGUCACACAAUUACCUAUUUUCAAGUAAAAAUAAUUUUAAUUAACUC